AUGGCGGAACGAGUUCAGUCCGAACGUCAGUCUAGCCAUCCGACAUCGUUUACAGGGAACCACCCUCAUCUUGAAAAGAUACACCAAAAGUUACACCAUGCGAAAGUCGAAAUCAUCCACUUCAAACAUUCAAUCGGAAAAUUAGGAAACAUUGUUAACCCGAACCACCGUCAUGACGAAGAACAUGAGCAGGAGGUAGACCGUAAGAGGUCUGAGAUUGCCGAGUCGCAUCGGUUCGAAAGCUUUGCUCCCAUUAGAGAAGGACAUCUAGCGAAGUUCUAUAUUGAUGGGAGGGAUUAUUUUUGGGCAUUAGCUACAGCUCUUGAAAGCGCUAAAGAAGUCAUCUACAUAGCUGAUUGGUGGCUUUCACCAGAGCUUUUCCUCCGCCGCCCACCCGCUUAUAGCGAAAGUGACCGUGUAGACACAAUCCUUAAACGCCGUGCUGAAGCCGGCGUCAAAAUCUAUAUCAUAGUCUACAAAGAAGUCGAAGCCGCCUUAACAUGCAAUAGCCAACACACAAAGCAUGCACUCCAUGAACUUUGCCCCAAAGGGUCUCCGGGACAUGGUAACAUCAGGGUAAUGCGCCAUCCGGACCAUAACGUUUUCGAUAGAGGAGGUGAUAUGACAUUCUACUGGGCCCAUCAUGAGAAGUAUUGUGUAAUCGAUCAUGAGUUGGCCUUUAUUGGUGGGUUAGAUAUAUGCUUUGGAAGAUGGGAUUUAAAGCAACAUCCAUUAGCAGAUGUACAUCCUGAGACCGUUAGGAAUGAAAUAUGGCCGGGACAAGAUUACAAUAACAACCGAAUAAUGGACUUCCAAAACGUUGAAGAUUGGAAGCAAAACCAACUUUCCAAAACAGAGUAUGGUCGUAUGCCAUGGCAUGAUGUUGCUCUAGCAAUUCGAGGACGGUCAGUGUUGGACAUUGCGCAGCACUUCGUUGAGACUUGGAACCAUGCGAAACGAGACAAGUACAAACGUGACGGUAGAUAUGACUGGCUACAACUAGAAUGGGCCGAAGACGACAUCUUAGGAGUUCAGCACCCACGAUUCCCUGUUGGAGACUACAUUAAACAUCCUCUUCACCCUUUAAACAAAGAAAAGAUGGAGAAGCUGGGAAAAGUAACGACUCAACUAGUCAGAAGCUCUGCUGAUUGGAGUCAUGGUAUUUUGACUGAACACAGCAUUCAAAAUGCCUACCAAGAAGUCAUUCGAAACGCUAAGCAUUAUGUUUAUAUUGAGAAUCAGUUCUUUAUCACUGCGACGGGUGAGAAACAAAAGCCUAUAAUUAACACAAUCGGUGCCGCUAUUGUCGAUGCGAUCACAACGGCGCACUCCGAAAAUCGCAAAUUCCGCGUCAUAGUCAUAAUCCCUCUCGUGCCAGGUUUCGCCGGCGACCUACGAGAUAAAGGAGCAAAUGGCACCAGAGCCAUAAUGGACUACCAAUACAAAUCAAUGUUCCGAGGUGAACAUUCUAUUUGCGGUAUACUCAAGGGGAAAGGAAUUGACCCGGUGAAGUAUAUUUCGUUCUUUAGCUUGAGGUCGUAUGAUCGGUUGAAUCGAACGGAGAGGAUUGAGAAGAAGGAGGAGAGGACGGGGGUUAAGUAUGAAGACGUGCAACACGCGCAGGCACAUGAAGUGAUGAGUGAAGAAGGUGUCACUGGCGGUCACGGGUAUGGUAAGGAUGAAAGUGUUCAGUAUCAUAUGCAAAAGGAUCGAGAAGCUUUUGAAAAGGAUCAAAAGGAAGACAAGCCACAUGAUAAAGAAACCAAGGAUUCAAUAGCGCAGGAUGCGUUAGAGUCCAGUAGGAGACCAUCUGAAGAAGGGUUUCAGGGAGAUGAAGAACUCGAGAAGGAGAAUAUCGUCACAGAGCAAUGUUAUAUUCAUGCGAAGGUUUUGAUCGCAGACGAUAAGAUUGCCAUCAUUGGUAGUUCAAAUCUAAAUGAUCGUUCUCAACUUGGAUAUCACGAUAGCGAAUUAAGUAUUGUGAUUGAGGAUCAAAAUACCGUUGAUUCCAAAAUGGACGGCGAGGACUUCGAAGCCUCAUACUUCGCAGCACACCUACGACGCCAACUCUGGCGUGAACAUCUAGGUCUUCUACCACCUCAAGAUCUCGAUGCCAGUGGUGAUCCAAAUGCAACACUUCCUGGCGAAGGAGACUAUGAUUUCCAAGAAGAUGAAAGAUCCAAAAUUGUUGAGGAUCCUCUAAAUGACGAGCUAUGGGAUACUUGGAAUCGCCAGGCUCACGACAAUACGGAAGUUUUCAGAGAACUGUUCCACUGUAUUCCCGACAACGCUGUUAAAACGUUUGAGGACUACGACAAGUUUCUCCCCAAGGAGGAGAUUAAGGCUGGACAUCUAUUUAACCCAGAGAUGCCACUGAAGGAAGUGAAGAAAAAGUUGGAUGGUAUAAGGGGACAUCUUGUGAGAUUCCCUACAGAGUUUUUGAUCGAUGAAGAGAUGGCAGAAAGAGGGCUGGACUUCAAUGAGAUUACUGAAAGUAUCUACACCUAA